UCCGGGGACUGGCCGGCGCUUGCGCACACUGCCGCCGCUGUAGCCGAGGUGAGCCGAGGGGACGCGAUGGCCGUGCCCGCGUGGAUCUCCAAGGUCUCUCGGCUGCUGGGGGCAUUCCACAACCCAAAACAGGUGACCAGAGGUUUUGCUGGUGGUGUUCAGACAGUAACUUUAAUUCCAGGAGAUGGUAUUGGCCCAGAAAUUUCAGCUGCAGUUAUGAAGAUUUUUGAUGCUGCCAAAGCGCCUAUUCAGUGGGAGGAGCGGAAUGUCACAGCCAUUCAGGGACCCGGAGGAAAGUGGAUGAUCCCUUCAGAAGCCAAAGAGUCCAUGGAUAAGAACAAGAUGGGCUUGAAAGGCCCUUUAAAGACCCCAAUAGCAGCCGGUCACCCAUCUAUGAAUUUAUUGCUCCGUAAAACAUUUGACCUUUAUGCGAAUGUCCGACCAUGUGUCUCAAUUGAAGGCUAUAAAACCCCUUACACGGAUGUAAAUAUUGUCACUAUUCGAGAGAACACGGAAGGAGAAUACAGUGGAAUUGAGCAUGUGAUCGUUGAUGGAGUCGUGCAGAGUAUCAAGCUCAUCACCGAGGCGGCAAGCAAGCGCAUCGCUGAGUUUGCCUUUGAAUAUGCCCGAAACAAUCACCGGAGCAAUGUCACGGCUGUGCACAAAGCCAACAUCAUGCGGAUGUCAGAUGGGCUUUUUCUGCAAAAAUGCAGGGAAGUUGCAGAAAACUGUAAAGAUAUUAAAUUUAAUGAGAUGUACCUUGAUACAGUAUGUUUGAAUAUGGUACAAGAUCCUUCCCAAUUUGAUGUUCUCGUUAUGCCAAAUUUGUAUGGAGACAUCCUUAGUGACCUGUGUGCUGGAUUAAUUGGCGGUCUUGGUGUGACACCAAGUGGCAAUAUUGGAGCCAAUGGGGUCGCAAUCUUUGAAUCGGUUCACGGGACUGCCCCAGACAUCGCAGGCAAGGACAUGGCCAACCCCACGGCCCUCCUGCUCAGUGCUGUGAUGAUGCUGCGCCACAUGGGACUUGUUGACCAUGCUGCAAGAAUUGAGUCUGCCUGUUUUGCUACAAUUAAGGAUGGAAAGAGCUUAACAAAAGAUUUGGGAGGCAACGCAAAAUGCUCAGACUUCACAGAGGAAAUCUGUCGCCGAGUAAAGGAUUUAGACUAAUGCUUCUACAAAUGGUAUUCAUGUCAGUCACUCCAAAUGGACACCAUAUAAACCUCUAUUUAGAAUACCUACCAUUACAUAUGCAUUUGGUCUGCUUGUUUCUUGACAGAGUACAUUUUUAGAUCUGGCCUUUUCUUAACAAAAUCUGUGCGAAGGAUGCAGGUGAUAUCCAUAGGCCUGCUUUCAAAGGACUUUUUCCAAGUGCUUGUGUUAUUUAUUAAAUGUCUAUCCGAUAAACAUUUUUUUGUAAACUCUAAGUGAACUGUAUCAUUUGCCAUUCUUAACUAUUUUUCACUUCAGUUAAAAUAGUUUUUCCUCAGCUGUAAAUAUCAUGAUACAGAAUUAAUAAGAAAAAUAUCUAACUUUUUAAAGAAAAACCGUAUGUUCCUUGGUUUAUGAAAAACAAUGGAAAUAGAAUAGGAUAUCGACAUGAUAGCACAAGAGGACACUCUUAUAAAACAGGCACAAAAUAAAUUUCCUGGGAAAGUGCAAAUCAGAAACAGUGAAUGUGGUAUAUUUCCUGAUGAUGUGGAAAAUAGAGACAGAUUUGUCCUUUAAAUGAAUUACUGAGUAUGAAUAAAAACUUCAGAUCCAAGAAAUAUAUAAUGAAAAAUGUAAUUUUUGUUAAUAAGAUAUAGGUAAUAUAUUAGGUACAAAUACACAUGCAUUGUGUGUUCAGUUAUUUUGUUAUCUUGAGAUUUUAAUACUCUUGGAAGAGCUUUUCAUAAUGCAGAGGAGCAGUACCUCCUUUUUUCAUUGGACACAUUUUAAGCGUCAUGAGUUGUCACAGCCUCUGAGCCCCUGUCCUUGAUGCUCUGAGUCAGGCCAGGGAAGCUGACUGUGUUGUGCAUUUAUUCUUGCAUUUUGCUAUCUGGAAAUAGACCCACUUCAGCUGGUACUGCUAGGUAUGAUACUGCUGAAAGACCUAAUCACAUGUAUUUUUGUUGCAGUUGAGGAACUUGGGAUGCUGGCUAUUAAUUUUAUGUUUCAGUGACUGCCCUUUUAGGAAACCAAAGCACUGCCCUCCACCUCAGCUAUAGCAGCACAGAAUGACAUUGCAGAGAUGAGCUGACUCGCCCAAGUUGAUUUACAAAUUGCACCACCUCAGGGCUUGGGCUUGAGCUCAGCUUCUGACCUUCAGGCACCUCCUACCCACCCUCCCCUCCCCUCUUCUGCAGCAUGAUUUUUCUUAAUCUUCAGAUACAAGUCACUAUUUUCAUGAACUAUUACCUCUUGGCCCCACACCAAAGGCAACUCAUGGCCUCCCUUGGCCCUGUGAAACAUUGCAAACCUGUGGCAGUGUACCCAGGUCUCAAGGGGAUUUCCUAACAGCAACAAAUAUCCCUGUCUGGGUCAUUUUAAGCUUGUAACCAGACUUACAAUCUAACAUGUAUUUUACUUUGUUUAAGCUGCUGCUUCCUCUGUUUUAUUGGAUUGUGCUAAUUAUCAGUGGUUCUUGGGUUCAAAAUAAUAAAUAAUUCCAAAAAUGA